AUGCCAACCCUUCGACUGGCGCACUAUUUGGUGGCUGCGGCAGUGACAGCUGCUGCAGCCGCCAGCUUUCAGCAAGGCCCUUCGAGGUAUCCUGAUCGCCGCGAUGUCAAUGGGACGUACCCGAGGUAUCGCGUGUCACCCAUCGACGGUUCCAAGAUCGCGCUGCCGACUCAAGAUCAGCUAGAUUUUCAAGACAAAGAGAUCGGCAUGCUCAUCCACUUCGAGGUAGCAACUUACCUUAACAUCGACGGAUGCAAUGGCGUCCCCGGGCUGGUACCGAGUCCUUCUCUCUUCGAUCCAACCUUGCUCAACACAGACCAAUGGAUGGACAGCAUCGCUGCCGUCGGAGCUGCAUAUGCCACGCUGGUAGCUAAACAUAACUGCGGAUUCACGACGUGGCCAAGUGCAGUGUCCUUCGAAACCAGAGACAACACCACAAGCAGGUAUAAUUACACGGUCGCGGACUCACCAAUCAGCGGAACGGAUGUCGUCAAACAAUUUUCAGAGUCAGCAACGAAACAUGGUCUUGGACACGGAUUCUACUACAGCACUGUCGUGAACAACUUUCUCAACGUCCAAAACUCGCUCGUCAAUGUCACAUGGUCCCCCGGCGAGAUCCGAAUCACAAAUGAGACGUACGAUGAGAUAGUGAUUGCCCAGUUGACCGAGUUGUGGACAAACUAUGGAUCUCUGACUGAGCUUUGGUUCGACGGUGGCUAUAGCGCGAGUCAAAUGACGAAGAUCGAGGAACUCCUCCAGGAGCUCCAACCUCAAGCCUGCAUCUUCAAUUCAUGCGACACAGAGGGCAGUUGUAUCUCCGCCAACGCAAUCAGGUGGAUAGGCACUGAAUCAGGGUUGCCAAACCAGGAGAUAUGGUCAACCGGAGUCACCAACGACGGAGGAGAUCCGUCAAGCGAAUACUUUGCGCCGGCGGAAUGUGACACAACCCUGCAGACGGGUGACCGGUGGUUCUGGGGGGAGGACCAGCCGCUCCGGUCUAUUGAUGAGAUGAUCGACGUCUACCAUCAAACCGUUGGCCGCAACUGUAUCCUUGAGCUGGACCUCGCGCCUGAUCGAAGCGGCCUCGUCCCAGCCCGGCAUGCGGCACGGUACAAGGAGCUUGGAGACUUCAUCCACUCGUGCUAUGGGAGCCCUGUCGAGGCUACGAACUCGACGACCGCGACCAGUGUGGCACUAUCUUUCGAACACCCUACGUCUAUCGACAGGAUUGUUCUCAUGGAGGACCAGGCCGAUGGACAGGUCAUCCGAGCUUAUGAGGUGUACGCGAAGGUCCUGGACGCCGAGGAGAUGAACGGGACACUGGACGUACCUUGGAGUCUUGUCUCGAAUGGAAGCAGCAUCGGGCAUAAGAGGAUUGACUUGUUCCCCGAGGCUAUCACAGUGACGGAUGUUCUGGUCAACGCUACCAAGUACGUGGAUGAACCGAAGUGGCGGUCGGUGAACGUCCACUUGUGUGAUUAG